AUGUCACUUGCUGCAAUUACAUUAAAAGACUUGAUAGGCGAAGCUCGUUCAGUACCAAUUUUUACUGGACAAGACGCCUACAGUCUAAAAUCCUUCAUCGAAGAAGUCGAAAGUUUAAUUGCCUUAGCAGCGGAUGCCGAUGCAAAAAACUAUCUAUACAGAAUUUUAGUAGACUCAAUGUACCUUAGAACUAAAAAUGUAACAACAUUAGAAGACGCUUAUAGAAGCUUAUUAGAAACCAAUAUAUCCGACAGCAAGGUUCCAAACACCAACUCUCAGUAUAGGAACAAUAAUCAUACAAAUUACAGAAAUAACCAUAACAUAAAUUCUAGACAUAGUAGUAAUAAUACAAAUUCCAGAAAUAACUAUAGAAACGCAAAUAGAACUUUCAACAAUAACAAUUACAAUAACAACAUAAGAAACACUUACACAAAUAGACCAAUGGACAGAAACUACACUACUAACGAAAAGUUUAGGAAUUUUAGGCCCAACCAACAAUUUGGUGGUACAGGUAAUAAUCUACCAGGACCAUCUUAUAACGAAAAUCGGUCAAGUCCAAUUCCAAUGGACGUGGAUUCGGAUCUUUUCUAUAAAGAAGGAGAUCGAUUAACAUGUGUCAAAAGUGUAAAACAUCAAAUAAUUACAACUGCUUCCCAACCGAUUUAUAGUAAAAUAUAUCGGUUUCCGAAAAUACAUGAAGAGGAAGUAAAUAAGCAAGUUCAGGAAAUGUUAGAGCAAAAUAUUAUUCAACCAUCCAGUAGCCCUUAUAAUAGCCCUAUAUGGGUAGUACCCAAAAAAUUGGACUACUCAGGGAAACAAAAGUGGCGCAUUGUCAUCGACUACCGUAAAUUAAAUGAAAUUACGGUUGAUGACAAAUUCCCGAUACCGAAUAUAGAUUCUAUAUUUGAUAAAUUGGGUCGCGCUCAAUAUUUCACCACUCUGGACCUCGCAAAGGGGUUUCACCAGAUAUUGGUGGAUGAAAAAGAUCGUCUAAAGACCGCGUUUUCUACACCGCAAGAGAAGGAACUUCUUGCCAUAGUAUGGGCCACUAAAUAUUUUCGGCCAUACUUAUAUGGUACAAAAUUUUUAAUAAGAACAGACCACCAACCCUUAAAAUGGUUGCAUUCACUAAAAGAACCGAACGCCAAACUACAAAGAUGGCGAAUCAGACUAAACGAAUACGACUUCGAAAUAGACUAUGUAAAAGGAAAAGAAAAUCGUGUUGCUGAUUUUUUAAGUAGAAUGGAUUCUACAAAUAAUGAAAUUAAUCAUAUAGAUGACCCUAACGAAACACCUUCUAAUAAUUCACAUUUAAUGGUCCAACGUCUUAAUGACCGAAAUGCAACUACUAUUAUACAAGCACUUCGCAACAGGUUUGCACUAUUCGGUAGGCCAGAUAAAAUCGUUGUCGACAAUGAGUUCGAUAGUCUUAAUAUCAAAAACUUCUUUAGAACAGAAAAUAUAAACGCUCACUUUACGUCACCCAGAAGCCAUACCGGAAAUUCUACAAUCGAACGAGCUCACGGAACUUUAAGCGAACACCUUCGUAUCUUAGAUACACAAAAAUCACAUUUAACACCCGAACUAGAAAAUACUUUAGCACAAAUUGAAAAUAAUAUUUACAACACUUUUAACCAAGACAAUACCACAUUAAAACAAUUACAAAUUCAAAUCGAAAAAACUCGACAUAACAUUAAAACAUUACUACCACACAGACAAAAACGAGGACUCAUUAAUUUAGGUGGCAAAAUUUUAAAAUGGUUAUUUGGAAACUUAGACGAUGAUGACAAAACUGAAAUUGUAGAAAACAUAAAACUUAUUGAACAGGGAAAUUACAACUCCAUUCAGACCAUAAAUAAACAGAUCAAAAUAAACGACCAAUUUCAGAAAAACCUAAAUAUUCUACAGAAACGAAUUAACGAAAACCAAGAAAUUUUAAAUAUUACACUGAGAGAACAAAACAACACCUUUAGCAAAAGCAUAAAAAGUUUACAGUUUCUUUCUAGUUACACAAAUAUUAACUUACUAAAUUCAGAAAUAGACAAAGUCCAACAAAACAUUCUUUUCGCUAAACAUGGUAUCAUGACUCACUCCAUUUUAUCCAAUGAAGAAAUUGAUGAAUUUGAAAUCGAUGUUUUUAAAUAUAAAGAAAUAAAAAGUUCACUUAUUAGUCUAGAUAAUAAUAUUAUUUUUGCCAUUUUGAUUCCUAACGUUGCAAAGGAACUUGCAGUUGGAUAUAAAAUUAUUCCAAUGUUCGUAAAAGUGUUAUAUUCAGGAAGCAGAUAUGCUGGUGAAGCUGGGGGACAAUUCCUAUUUUGUUGGACUGGAGCCCUUUUUCGGGAUUGGAUCUGGCAAGAUCUGUGA